AUGGAAUCCGCUUUGGUUCCUGAGCAGUUUUAUGGAUCAUCCUAUAUUGCUAGCGUUGAACCACCUCCAGAAGGACAAGUAAGUUUUGAAGAUACUGAAACAGACCUCUCCUCUGAAUUUUCUUCAAGCUCGAACACAAGCCAGAGGAGCAGAUUGGAGUCUAAGGGAUGCAUAGAAGUUUUCCUCCGCGUCAGGCCAUUUACAUCAUUGGAAAGAGAAAACGGAUCAAAGGACUGUGUUUCACUUGAAGACUCGACAAAUAUUAUACUUAAGACCCCCCAACACUUUUUGAAUCGCCCAAGUGAGAAAACUGCAGGACCGAUGUUACAGAGAUUCACAUUUUCGCAAGUGUUUGGCCCUGAAACAACUCAAGCAGAAUUCUUUGAAGGUACCAUGAACCAACAAGUACAAGAUUUCCUAGAUGGAUAUAAUCGUGUUGUUUUUACAUAUGGUGUUACGAAUUCUGGAAAAACUUACACUUUUCAAGGAACAGAAGGUAAUGUUGGAAUUCUGCCAAGGACUCUGGCUAUGUUGUUUAAAAGUUUUGAAGGAAGGCUGUACACAGAAAUGAAUCUCAAACCCCAUCGGUGUAGAGAUUAUAUAAAGCUCACUGAAAAACAAGCGAGAGAAGAAACUGCUAUUAAAACUUCAUUACUUCGUCUCAUAAAAGAGGUAGACCACCAGAUUAACACUAGCAACAAAGCACCUAUAGAUUCUCAGGAUUUGGAAGAUAUCUCAAAACACUCAGAGCAAUCUAUCACAGCUGCAACAAAUUACAUCAAGUUUUCUGUUUGGAUUUCAUUUUUUGAGAUUUACAAUGAACGCUUUUAUGAUCUCUUAAUUCCUACAUCAAAUGAGAAGAAAAGAAAAACACUGCGCCUCGCUCAAGACAUCAAGGGAUGUCCUUUUGUAAAAGAUCUGCGGUGGGUUCAGAUUUCAGACUCUAAAGAAGCUUUUCGACUUCUAAAACUGGGGUUGAAACACCAGAGUAUUGCAAGCACGAAAUUAAAUAAUUGCUCCAGCAGAAGUCACAGAAUAUUCACAAUUAAAGUACUAAAAAUUGAAGAUUCAGGAGGAACACCAAGGGUGACCCGAGUCAAUGAAUUGUCGUUGUGUGAUCUUGCUGGUUCUGAAAGAUAUACCAAGACCUGCAAUGAGGGUGACAGAUUGAAAGAGAGUGGAAAUAUAAAUACCUCUCUCCUGACUCUAGGCAAGUGUCUUAAUGCACUCAAGAACAGGCAGCAGUCAAAGUUGCAGCGGCAAAUACCCUUUCGGGAAAGCAAGCUAACGCAUUUCCUUCAAGGCUUUUUCAGUGGAAAAGGGAAGGUCUAUAUGAUAGUGAACAUCAGCAAAUGUUCAUCAUCAUAUGAGGAAACACUCAAUGUGCUAAAGUUCUCAGCCAUGGCACAAAAAGUUUUAGUUAUGGAAACACCUGUUCUUCCUCAAGAUCUGUCAUUUUGCCAGAAAUCAGCAGGAGACUCAUCACUGCUUAAUGUCCGUAGAAUGCAAAUCCCAAGGAAAAGAGAUACUAUCUUGGAAGAUGUGUAUGAAUGUGAUGAAGAGAUGGAGGAACAGUGCAAUAUGUCAAAAGAAGAAGCAGUGCAAGAACAUAACGUUGUUAUGUCAAAAGAAAAAUACAUGAUGCUGGUGAAUCUGGUAGAAGAGCUGAGGAACGAACUUAUUACUGAAAAGCAAAAUAAUCUACUGCUGGAAAUGAAAAUUCGUGAAGAAGUGGUUCAAGAAUACAUGCAUUAUUUUCUUCAGCAGGAAGUGGAUUUCAAAGAGUGCCUUGCUCAAGAACGAGCACAUCUUGAAGAAAAUUCUGAAGAACAUCUGGAAAUCUUCAAGAAGCAUGCAAGUAGUUCCACUGAAAAUGCAGAUGAAAGAAGUGAAUCACAAGAUGGGCCUUGCAGUGAUCAAGCUGCAUCUCUGGUAUUUUUAUGUCUGCCCUAAAUAUCCCUUUUAGUAACUAACUGUUGUGAUUGGUAUAGUGAUAUCAUUACUAAAUUGAACAAAGGUGUCUGUAGUGAAACUCCAUGUGUCAGCUUGAAAAUAACAUUGAAGUACAAUAAAAUUAAAUGAAACUUGA